UGCUCCGCCUGAGGAAAGAUUGUUGCAAGACACGCCCACCUACCCGUGUACAUACUUAGAACUUCCACAGUCAGUAUAUCGGCAAACCCACCGCAAGUGUUACGUCCGAUUUAGAAGCUCCUUACCACAAACUAGGAAGCCUAAGUGAACAGCGACAUGAAGCUCUGCGCAAUUGUCUUCGUACUUGGCACCAUGUUGGCGGUGGCGUCUGCCGAGUGCCCGAGAGACCGAGGCUUCACUGUGGCUCUGGACUGCUCUUACACGGUGAACAACGACCCUAUUCAUCGUGCUGUUGUCGAUGCGGAUGAAGCGGACCUGUCAGAUCCGUCAAAAGUCAGGGCCGUCUGCUGUUACCUGAAAGCAGUAGAGAAGUGUUUGAAGGAUGGCCUACAGGGAGAGUGCUCAUACGCUGCUGACGAAUUAUUCCAAGACUGGCGAGAUCAACUGAAAGUGGGUGACCUGUCCUGUGCCGACAUAUGUUAAGGAGCGAAAUGUACCAACAUUCCACAGAACUACAUGUGCGAGCGCAUAUUGUACGAAAUAAAUCGACAUUUGUCAUGCA